AUGCUGCGAGGGCUUCAACGCGGCUCGCUGCGACUCGGUGGGCCCAGCGCACGGAUCGCCGUGCGCGCCAUAAGCUCCGUCGAUCCAUUGCCGCCCAAGCACCUGCCGCUCGUGUACGAAGCGCCGCUCGCCGCUCGGGUGACAGCGAUCACGCGGGCCAUGGCGGCGACGAACGCCAUCACGUGCGUGGGCAUCCCAAUCGCGUACACGCUCGGCCACUUUCCGCUCGCGACGCCAAGCCAGCUGGCCAUCUACGGCGCGCUCACGGGCAUCGGCGCCGUCUCGACGGGGCUCAUGCACAUGCUCUUUUCGCCAUACGUGACGCGCAUGUGGAUGGACACCGCAGCCAAGAAGAUUGCGAUUGAAAACGUGACGCUGCUUGGGACGACGACGCGCACGGAGCUGCGCGCCAGCGACAUCUCGCGCAAUGCGACGACGUGGCACCCGAUGGUCAACUACACGAGCUUGCAGUGCCCGCUCUUCCUGCACACCAGUGGCAGCGCGCUCCUCGAAUCGCUGCUGUCGCCCAAGUUGAAGGACGCGAUGUACGACGCCCGACGGCGCCGGGACAAGGCCUCGGACACCUCACCCAUGCUUUUUGGCAAGCGACUGACGCUGCGGUUCGACCCAACGGGUCGCAUGACACACGAAGACUUUAGCCGCCACGACGUGCUCAAGAUGGUGCAAAAGGCAGCCGUGCCAGCAUCAACCUGGAGUGACACACCAGAGUACCGUGCGCAUGUGAAAGCGCGUCCGAGCAGUCGGAGCAACAAGGGUGUUGUCGACAUCCCCAACAUUCACAUGCGCGACAUUCGCAAGCUCGACAAUGCGUUUGCGAUUGCGAGCAAACCGUCGAUCACGGUGCGGCGCGGCGCGAUCCUCGUCAACGCCGAUCCGAUCCGCGCCAUCAUUAUGCAAAACAACUGCGUCAUCUUCCUCCAAGAAGGUGCCGAGAGCGUGAUUCCACUGCUCGAAUCCAACUUUAAAGAGUUUGACUCGCAGGACCACCCGUUUGAGUUUACGGCGCUGGAAUCGUUGCUUUUGACCAUUUGCACCAUCCUCGAGAAGGACUGUGCGCGGGUCUUGCCGCAAGCCCAAGCAGCCAUCGACAAGAUGAGCCAAGACGCGACGCUAGCCGGCGAGCUUGAGACGCUGCGCUCGAUGAAAAACACGCUGGACGAACUCAAUUCGCGCGUCACGGGCACCCGCAAGGCAUUUGUGGACAUUCUGGAAAACGAAGAAGACUUGCGCAUGAUGCACCUAACCAAGCUGCACGAUGACCCGUCGCUCGUCUACGACCUCUUUAGCUUUGAUUCGGAAGAGCUCGAGUCGCUCCUGGAAGUCUACUUGGAGGAUAUCUACGACACGCAAACGCGCGUGGCUCUCAUGCUGGAAAACAUGCUCAACACGAAAAACAUCGCGAUGCUCAAGCUCGACGCCAAGCGCAACUACCUCAUGACGCUCAACCUGACGCUGACGCUCUGGACGACGCUCAUCACCGUGCCGACGUUUGUUGUUGGCGCGUUUGGCAUGAACCUCAACUCGUACCUCCAGGAGGUCGACUACCUCUUCUACAUUGUGUCGGGCCUCGCGAUCGGCUUCCCCAUUGGCGCCUACCGCUACAUUUUGCGCUACUUUCGCCAGCGCGAUGAUUGGACGACAGGUCGCAUCGGCACUGAGAUAUUCGCUUGA